GGCCCUCCGUCGCGCGAGCUCCGUCCGACAGCCCCGGGUGCCUCCCGCGUAAGCCACGGCCGCUGCCGGAAGUGACGCGCUGACUGACAGGACCCAUCAUGUCCGACAAGCCAAAUUUUGCAGAAAUUGAAACAUUUGACAAGACUAAACUGAAGAAGACAGAAACUAGAGAGAAAAAUCCACUGCCCACUAAAGAAACUAUCGAACAGGAAAAGCAAAGCGAAAGCACCUCCUGCGCGUAACACUGAAGAUGUGACAGACGUCUGUGGGGUUUGGCUUCCUUUCUUCCCCCCCAGUUUACUGUUGAUCGCCUGUUAAUUUAAUAUCCAUUUAUUUUUCAUUGUCUGGGGAAGCAGAGUUGUUUUUUUUUCAAAUGAAACAUUGUGAAACAGAAGAACUCGUUGCAUUUGUUGUCCUGAGACUGUGCCCUGAAGCCCUGUGUGAACCCCACCACUUGCCAAAAAUGUGCUUUGUCUAAGAGAAACAAUACCAGUUUUCAUAACUAUGUUGGCUUCUAAACCUCACAAUAAACAGGUUUCUUUUGA